CAUUGGACCGUCGAUGACUGGCUGAGGGUCGUCUUCUCCGACGAGACUGCUCUCUAUCUCUACAGGAACAACAACGGUGGUCGUGUAUGGCGUCUGGUUGGCGAAACGUUGACCGAUCGAUGCGUGCAGGGCACGGUCAAGUUCGGCGGUGGCCAUAUCAAUGUUUGGGGCGCCAUCUCUCGUUUCGGAAUUUCGCUUUUCUGCGAGGUCGGCGACGUCAUGAACGGCGACACCUACCUCUCAGUUUUGGAGAGCGAGUUGCUAGCAAGCAUUCGCGUAAAAGAUGUGGCGAAGUGGUUCGAAACCAAUCAGAUCACCGUCCUGGACUGGCCUGCGAACUCUCCCGACCUCAACCCCAUCGAAAAUGCGUGGAACAUGGUCAAGAACAAGAUCUACCAGGAGAGGGAGAUCAAGAGCAAGGCCGCGUUGUGGGAACGCUUCCAAGCGGUCUACGAAGAAGUGCUCACGCCAGAGGUCUGCCGCGAUCUCAUUUCAUCGAUGCCGCGCCGCAUUCAAGCUGUGAUAGAUGCCAAUGGUGGUUAUACCAAGUACUGA